GUUUGUCUUGUCACCGAAUCGCUGAUUGCUCACUUUCAAUAUGCGUGUUGCUAUCGCUGGGGCAGGCGAUCUCGCUCGCUACUUCUGCGAAGAGUUCUUGAAGGCGGGCCAUCAAGUCACGAUCCUGACCCGGAGCGAGAAGGAGUAUUUGAAAAGACCGAAUGUCAACCAAGUCAUCACCGACUAUACACUUGAUUCGGUCAGCAAAGCAAUCGCCGACUGCGAAGCUCUGAUAUCAGCGGUCUUGGACUACUCGAUGGGAUACAAGGACUUGCAUUUGACACUGCUGGAAGCUUGUCAGAAAAGCCCCAAAUGCAAACGGUUCAUCCCCUCGGAGUUUGCUGGAGACAUCAAGCACUACCCACACGAGCCACCCUUCUACGCCGAUUCCCACGAACCGGUACGCGAGGCCUUGAGAAACCAGCAAGACGUAGAAUGGACCUUGGUCUGCGCGGGCUGGUUCAUGGAUUACGUCGUGCCGCCCAAGAACAGGCACCUCAAGGAGAUUGGCGAAACCUUCCCGAUCGACCUGAGCACCAACCGCGCCGUGAUUCCCGGGACCGGAAAGGAGCCUGUCGAUAUCACGGCCGUUCGCGACGUUGCCAGGGCAGUCACGGCUCUGCUGGAAGCCCCGAGAUGGGAGCCUUACACCUUCGUCUCGGGCCAGAAGACCUGUUGGCUCGAUGUCUUCGAGGUGAUGCGCGCCAGACACCCGGACAUGAAACCGACUUUCAAAUCUCUGGAGCAACUAGUCGAGGAAAGAAAUUCUCCCGAUAAAAAUGUCAGUGGUCUGGCCGAGUAUCAGAUCUUCUCCUGCACUGGCCCAGCGUCACUCGAGGCGAAGGAGGUCGACGCUCAAAGGACCAAAUAUUUCAAAGGCAUACAAAUCAGGACGCUGGUUGACUUCCUCGAAGAAUACGACCAGAACCCGGAUGCUAUUCUGUAGAUAUUCUCUAGGGAAAUUCU